UGGCCUACAAUAUAAUUUGCACGUGUUUUAUAAAUUUUGUAAACAAUGUCAAAUAAACCCUUAUUAUACGAAGGUUGCAACUAUUUAAGGCAGCGUCUUGUUCUUGCAACACUGAGUGGUAAAUCUGUUAGGAUAAAGAACAUAAGAAGCAAAGAUGACAACCCAGGGUUAAAGGAUUUUGAAGCAAGUUUCAUUCGUCUGCUGGACAAACUAACUAAUGGCUCCAAUAUUGUUGUAAAUGAAACAGGAACGAGUCUCCUGUACCAGCCAGGUCUGCUGUUAGGUGGGGAUCUGGAGCAUGAGUGUAGCGAGCAGCGCUCCAUCGGCUACUUCCUAGAGGUUCUCAUGUGCCUUGCUCCCUUCACCAAGAAGCCUAUCAAUGCCACUUUAACUGGAGUCACAAAUGACCAGGUGGAUCCCUCUGUUGACAUGAUAAAAUUAUCAACAAUACCGAUACUGAAGAAGUUUCUGGGUACAGAUGAUGGCCUUGAGUUGAAGAUUGUGCGACGAGGAGCAGCUCCAGAGGGAGGUGGUGAGGUGACAUUCCGGUGUCCAUGCCGACAAAAGCUCCGUCCCCUACAAUUUACCCAGCCUGGCAAAGUAAAACGAAUACGAGGGGUCGCCUGGGUGACGCGGAUGGCUCCUGCUACAGCCAAUCGUGUGGUGGAUGCGGCUCGGUCUGUACUGAAUCCCUGCCUGCCAGAUAUCUACAUUUACACUGAUCAUAUGAAGGGACCACAGUCUGGAAAGUCACCAGGUUUUGGUCUGACGCUAGUUGCUGAGACAACAGAAGGGGCCUUCUACUGUGCAGAAGCCGCAUCAAACCCAAAGGGAUCAGAUAAAGGGCCAACUGUUCCUGAGGACCUUGGGAAACAGGCAUCAGUCGACCUCCUAGAAGAGAUCUUUAAGGGUGGAUGUGUGGACUCUGUAAGCCAGAGUCUGACCGCCCUCAUGAUGGUCCUGGGACAACAGGAUGUCUCCAAGGUACAGACCGGGCAGCUCACUCAGUACACAAUUCAGUAUUUACGACAUAUUCGUGACUUCUUCCAAGUCCUCUUCAAAGUUGAUGCCCAGACGGUCGUAGAGGAGGAUGAAGAGUUACGACUAGGAGGGGAGAAACUGCUGCUCACAUGUGUCGGUGUUGGAUACUCGAACCUCAGCAAGAAAAUCAUGUGAACAAUUAGUGUGGUGCUACAGUAUCAUACACCUGUUAAACACAGCACAGCAAGAUUACCCGGAGAUACUAUGCUUACAUGGAAAUUGGAAACCAACGUAUCUCAGUCUUGCAUUCUGGCAUUCUGCAUUUAUACAGACUAAUGAAACAGCCUUCCUAAAAUGUAAUUCACUGUAAAAUAUAUCAGGGGAAUUCUAAAUGAUAUUGUCUUACAAGGUUAUUGGCUUACGAGACAUUGUAACACAGUACCGGGGUAUAUAAUUGAUGUGUUCAUAACAAGUAGUGUUAUCUUUUCGCACUACUACAAACUCAAUAUUGUCUCUCACACUAAAGAGCAUUUGGAUAAGUACAUGUACCAGUAUGCAUGUGCUCAAAAUCUUCAUGAAACAUCUUUUAAUUUGAACAUUCAAUUGUAAAUUUGUACAUUUUAUUCAAUGUUAAUCAUUGUUAAGUUUAUUGAUAAAUUAUAAACUACA